GCCCUGUGAACUUUGCCCAGCUCCAGAGGGAUCUGAGGGAUCUGACACUGCCUGGCUGGAAGUCAGCAUGUAUUUAUAGAAACCCUCCCUGAAGGAAGGCAGACCUGGGACACUGUCAGGGUGGAACUGGCAGGUAUUAAAAAGACUUGGGGAUCACUGGGCAGAAAAUAUCAAAGCAGAUCUCACCUGACAAAUACUGUGGGACUGGUGACUGAUUCCUUUGGUGCACGCCUGAUUCUUUUCCCUCACUGUCUGAUAAAACAUCAUUUAUCAUGAGAACAUUUAUUAAAUCCUGGAUUCCUCAGUGUUUGUGGAUUCUCAGGUCACCUUCCAGAUCAUUCCAUGGAAACAACAGGCUUCUUACAUCUCAGAUUAUUUCCUAUUAUGAAUCUAUAAACCAGUGUAAGAAGGAACUGCCAGAAUAUUUCAACUUUGCAAGUGAUGUCUUAGAUGAGUGGGCACGACUGGAAAAGGAUGGAAGAAAACCAGCAAAUCCAGCUUUUUGGUGGGUCAAUGAGGAGGGAGAGGAGGUGAAGUGGAGCUUUGAGGAGCUGGGCUCUCUGUCCAGGAAGGCAGCCAAUGUGCUUUCUGGAGCCUGUGGUUUGCAGCCAGGAGACAGAGUCAUUGCAGUUCUGCCUCGUGUUCCUGAGUGGUGGCUCCUGAACGUGGCCUGCAUGCGAGCAGGAAUUGUCCUUAUUCCAGGAACAUCCCAACUAACAGCCAAAGACAUCUCAUACCGACUCCAGGCUUCAAAGGCCAAGUGUAUCAUUACCAGUGACACACUGGCACCUGCAGUGGAAUCUGUCCUGCCUGGCAGCCAGUUCCUGACAAGUAAACUCCUUGUAGGCCAAGGGCGCAGGGAUGGGUGGCUGAACUUCAAAGAGCUCCUUGUGGUUGCAUCUGCUGACCAUCAAUGUGUCAAGACAAGGAGUCAAGACCCAAUGCUCAUCUAUUUUACCAGUGGUACUACAGGCUUCCCAAAAAUGGUGAUGCAGUCCCACAGCAGUUAUGGCAUUGGAUUUGCAAUCUCUGGCAGGUAUUGGAUGAACUUGACUCCUUCAGAUAUUAUGUGGAAUACCUCUGAUACUGGUUGGGUAAAAGCAGCUUGGAGCAGUGUUUUUGCACCAUGGAUCUGUGGAUCCUGUGUCUUUGUACACCAUAUGCCACAGUUUAAGUCAGAAGUUAUUGCAGAGACUCUCUCAAGAUACCCCAUCACCACCUUCUGCACGGCUCCCACCGCCUUCCGCAUGCUGGUCCAACAUGAUGUCAGCAGCUACAAGUUCCCAAGUCUGAAACAUUGUGUAACUGGAGGGGAAGCACUCAAUCCUGAAGUGUUGGCGAAGUGGAAAACCCAGACAGGGCUCGUUAUUCAUGAAGGUUAUGGCCAGACAGAAACAGUGACAAUCUGUGCCAAUAUGAAAGGAACGAAAAUUAAACCUGGCUCUUUGGGAAGAGCUGUUCCCCCUUACGAUGUGCAGAUCGUGGAUGAGCACGGGGCUGUUGUGCCUGCAGGAGCAGAGGGCACCAUUGCUGUGCGAGUGCAGCCCUCGCGCCCCUUCUGCCUCUUCUCUGAGUACCUGGAUAAUCCAGAGAAAACUGCUGCCUCUGUGCGUGGAGAUUUUUAUCUCACUGGGGACAGAGGCACUAUGGAUGAAGAGGGAUAUAUCUGGUUUGUGGGAAGAGCUGAUGACAUCAUUAAUUCUGCUGGGUACCGCAUUGGCCCCUUUGAAGUGGAGAGUGCAUUGAUCCAGCACCCAGCAGUGUCAGACGUGGCUGUUGUCAGCAGCCCCGACCCAGUGCGAGGGGAGGUGGUCAAAGCCUUCAUUGUUUUAGCUCCUGCUUUUGUAUCACAUGAUCCAGAAAAAUUAAUUCACGAGCUUCAACAACAUGUCAAGAAGGUGACUGCACCUUACAAGUAUCCAAGGAAGGUGGAGUUUGUUCAGGAGCUGCCAAAGACAGCUACUGGGAAAAUCCAGAGAAAGGUUCUAAAGAGCAAAGAGUGGGCAAAAAAAUGACAACAGCAAGAGUGAUCUGGAAAACGAGGAGAGAAAUUCUCCAUCAUGUGUACCAGCCAUAACACAUGACAGAGCAGGUUGUCAUGACCCAAAGCAGGAGGAGAACGUUGGGAAAAACAAACUGUGGAAGAAAAAGGAGAAAACAUUCUUGAGGCUAUGUGGUAUUGGAACCAUUUUUGCCAUCGACCAGUAAAUUUUCAGAAGGAAGGAAGUGCAAGUAAUUCAAAGUGUGGUAUGGGAGAGAGAAAGACUCAGGUGCAUGCAGAGGUCUAGGGUUUUUUACUGCAAUUUGUAUAAACAUCUUCCUUAAAAAAAAAAAAAAAUGGGUGAAACCACGAGGCUUUGAAAAUUACAAAUAAAUGAGAAAUUAAUAAAAAUAUAUUUCUCUUGA